GAUCCCGGGCCGGGAUGGUAACUUUCCGCUCCUUGUCUGGUGUCGUUCGUGUCCACGGCAACGCCUGGGAGAGGAGUGUGGCGCCAGCCGGUUUUCUGCGUACAAAGAUGGAGGACAACCACCGGCUCCACGACACAUCCUUGUCUGAUUAGCAAACAGGCAACACUUUAUCCGUUGAUUAAAUGUAUAAGGUCAUAUUUAAGCAAAUAAUGGAAGUGCAAUAAAAGUAAAAUAGUCUUCAUCUGCAAAAGGUAAGCAAUGCCUGAAGUGUCAAACCCCCCUUUUUUUUUUGUCUCUUCUUACAACCAUAAGCCACACGAUGAAAAGGCCGUAAGACGCUUAUAAGCAAGCCGAUAUUCAAAAAAAGAUCACUAAAAAAACGCGAGUUGUAUUGUAGUUUUGCCGUCCAGUGGGCGUCGUAAACAAAAGCCAUGUGACUCAUGACGUCACGUGAAAAGUAUCCAUCGGGGAUCUCCUCGCACGUUCCAAACAUGCACGUCAGGGUCCUUGAAGACCCGUUGCGGACUUUGAUCCAUGCAUAUGCGUCAAAUCAGGUCUGGGAAAUGCGGGGGAGCAGCUCACUGGACGGGUUGCUGCUAAUUAGCAUGGCAAUUAUCGUAAGCCGUUUCACUUCUUGAGCAAAGGGGCCGGACGGCGAGUGCGUAAUCCCCGGCAAAAGACAAGAUAAUGGAGGCAAAGCGACACCGCGCCACGCUUCGAAAGGAACCGGCCGAUAGAAUCCCCCGCGGGGACAUUUAGCGACGGACAAGGGAGCCCGAGAGACCGCGAGACAGGGAGAGAGAAGAAAACGGUCGGACGACGACUCACGAAUGCAAAUGACCCCCGGAGGAAAGUUCGAUGGGUCCGAAAAUCAGUUUUCGGGCUGUCAAACUUCUCCGUUGGAUCCCGGCAGGCUCCAACACAUUUUUUUUGGACGCCUUCAUCUCCGUGAUGCAUUUUGACGGCGCGCCGAGUUUGAUAAGUGUGCAGUCCCGCUAUCGCGUCGGGAGUCGUCCGUCACGUUCGAAAUCAAGGAUGCUCGGGACUUGCCGAAUCUCACGGAAUCAGAAAAUACUUCACGUGCUCAGACGGUAAAUAGACGUUGAUGCUGCUGUGAGCAACAGGCAGCAGCAUCAACGUCGAUUAGAGAAAACUUACGCGAUUGUUUUCAAUUAGCUUCAUCAACUCUCUUUGGACGAGUUCACCAAAAUUCAAUAACUCCACAAUUAAAGUGAAGCUAUGUGCUAAAGUUCCAGAAUAAUUUUCAACAUUUAGAUCACAUUAUUGAGAGGUAAGCGGGUUCACACGGUCUGCGGUCCCGAAUAGCAAUCUGGAUAAAACACCGACGUGAUUCAUAUCGGAAGGCAACGCGUUUCCCUGGCAUUCAUCUUCUCUAAUUAAACGCUCGCGAUCAAUAAUGUUGUUGUUCUUGCGAAAGCUCGCUCAUCGCCGUGAGGAAACGAGGGGCGGAGUGCGGCGGUUGACGGAUUCGUGAAAAAUUGAACGGGCCUCACGUCAAGGCCCGGGCGGGCACACCCGCGGCACGUCUUAAGCCGGCUAAAUGCCAGCGGCGGGAAACGGCGCAGCCGAAGUCUUCCGAGUUUGCGCGUGAACCGCCGUCAACCUUCACGGCAGGAAGCCCUCACACAGGUGACAUUAUUUACAUGGCUCAAAAUGAGAUCACAUUAUUUUCAAAAAAAAAAAAAAAAUAAAAUAAAAUAAAAAUAGGUACAACUGUUGAGGUUUUUUGUGGCCCUUCUGCCCCUUCACAACGUACCAUGACGUUAUAUCAUAAGACUGUUUUGACAUGUAAUUUCGCAUAUCACUGUGAACAUUUGACUUCAUUAGCAUUCACCAAAUGUCCAUCCAUCCAUUAUCUUCGCCGCUUAUCCUCACAAGGGUCACGCGAGUGCUGCAGCCUACCCCUUGAACUGGUUGCCAGCCAAUCGCAGGGCACAUCGAGACAAAACAUCCGCACUCACAAUCACACCUAGGGGCAAUUUAUAAUAUUUUUGGGAGGUGGGAGGAAACCGGAGUGCCCGAAGAAAAGCCACGCAGGAACGGGGAGGACACGCAAACUCCACACAGGCGGCGCCUGGAUCGGACCCGGGUCCUCAGAACUGUGAGGCCGACGCUUUGCCAGCUUCUCCACCGAGCCUCAUUAGCAUUCACCAAAUGUCAAGAUCCCUGAAACACGGAACAAGGAAACGCGUCGAGCGCUCGACGCCGACGCAUUUGGGCAGCGCUUAAUUGCAGCCGUCAUUUGGGCUGGUUAAGCACCCUAUUAUACUCGUGAGCAACAUCCGGAUGCAAACACUCGAGCGGCCAAAUAAUCGAAUGCCGCAGCAGGCUCGGCGUAAUCGACAACACGGCAGCCGUGUUGCGGAGUGUCCUUCAUAUUCAAAUGACUCGCUUCUUUCCCAAACCCCGCUUGACUAUUUGCUUUCUUGAUUGAUCUAUUUUUAAAGGCUCCGCGUGUCCAUCGGGAGCUAUGAAGUCACGUCACACGCAUUGAGCCUAAUUGCACGCUCACUAUGUUUUAUUUGCGUUGUGAGUGUCAAUCAUAAUUGGUGACGGGCAGAUGAGGAUGGCUUAUUUUCCACGACGGGAUGGUUUUCUGCCACCUCCGAGCGUCUUUCUUCCAUCUUCGAACGAGUGGUAUACUCCAUGUCUCACUAAAUGUUCGUUUUAGACCAAACGGCUGGACGAAAUGUGCAAACGAAGGGCCCGGGGAGACACGGGUUUGGCUGACCAGCCGCAACUCCAACACCUGUUCUGAGUCAGCCUUACCGGUCUCCCUCUUUUUUUAUUAGUUUCCCCAAAACAAAGGGUCACAAGAUUACAAAAUAAAUGGAGGAACAGAUGGCAAUGCCAGCACAAAGCCGAAUACUAAAGUAGACAUUUCUUGGAAGCCGCGGCGUUGUCCGAAGAAACCUGCGAGAGAUCAGAAGGUUUCUGAUUUACAGCAUGUUUGUGGUGCAAAGGGGGCGCAUCACCCGUCAAGGUGUCGCUGGGUCUCGCAAAGAGAAUGAUUCGGGCAAGGGUGAUAUAAAGAAAUGAUAAAAUAAUAAAUCCAACACUAACGCAGAUCUUUAGGAUCAAUACCGAUUCUUAUUGAGGACAUCGCGUUGUAUUAGCUGCCAUUAACCUAAUUGGCAGGGGCGUGGCCGAGCCACUGAUACUAAUAGAAGACCUCUCUUUGGUUUUCUCUGUUUGUACAUGGAGCAAAUUAAGAAGAAAGGGCAAAAUAUUUUCCAGAUAAGAAAGGUUUUGUGUUUCAGGUGUUACGAGCAUGAUUUUGUUUUCUUCCCCAAGGCUGCCGCAGCGGAGAGCACAUCUGCCAGACAGUCGGGAGGCCCUGAGUUUGAAUCUUGCCCCCUCCCGUGCUUGCGUGGGUUUUAUCCGGUUUCCUCCUACGUCGCAGUAAAAGGCAGGACUUAAAACUGGCAAUAGUUGCGGGCUCCAAGAUCGGCUGGGAAUACCAGGUCCUGUAAGCUUCUCUCCCCGGCUAAAAUGCAGAGGGCUUGCGUCAGGAAGGGUAUUCGGCGUAAAACUGUGCCCAAAAAAAAAACAUGCGUUCAUCUGAGAUGACACGCUGUGGCAACACCAAAUGGGACAAACCGAAAGGAACAGAAGAAGAAGAAGUUGUGGGCUCCAGCUCACAGGCAACCAAAACGAAGUGUGAUGGAGGAACUGGAUUGAAAGAUCAGGUCCAGAAUCAGUGUUUCAUUUGCAUCUCAAGAACAAUGCAGGCUCCCUUUGAAGAGAAGAGCACCCAAAUUCUGGCAGGUUUCAAAGAGGUGCACCGUGUCGAACUCGAAAAGCCAUCACCCGCCUUCUGUACAUAACAACAUCCUGGCAUUUCCCCCUUCAAAGGUCAACGCAUUCAACGGGACGUGUAGCGAGAAUUGGCUGGCGUGCAACAAAAUGUGAGAACAUGGAUUCGUAGGCGGGAUGCCGGUUUCGCCAACCGAACAACAAAAACCGACCCGCUACUGACCACCCCCAAAUUGGAAGACGACGAAAAGGUGAAUCAUCUUCACUCAGCAAGACUCAAUCACGAAAGACUGGAAAAGCUACAAAUGGACAAAGGAUGAAAUGCAGCGAUGCAUAUAAAUGACCUUUUUUACGAGCACGAAGACAGGUUCCGCGGUCUGCUGUCCAAUCUUCGAUUCCAGACUUCAGCUCUCGUUCUUCUUUCUAAAGUUUUGACCUUUCUUGGACAUUGUCUUGAAGUUCCAAACGUAUAUUUCUUCGCUUUGUGUCUUCAGGCUCCUCUUUCUGAAGUUUGGUAAAGAACGUGUGAGGUUAGCUAGUAAACGCUUUAUAACAUGCAGAUGAUUAGCCAGGAAUACAUUGAUUUAAUUUAUAACUCACUAAAGUCCAUCCAUCCAUCCAUCCAUUUUCUUAGCUGUUUAUCCUCACAAGUGUCGCGGGAAUGCUGGAGCCUAUCCUCGUUGUCAAUGGGCAGGAGGCGGGGUACACCCUGAACUGGUUGGCAGCCAAUCACAGGGGACAUCGAGACAAAUAGCCCCACUCGAGUUCUCUACCUAAUGUUGCAUGUUUUUGGGGUGUGGGAGGAAACCGGAGUGCCUGGAGAAAAACCCAGACAGGCACGCCGGAGAACAUGCAAACUCCACACGGGCUGAGCCAAGAUCGAACCCGAGACCUCAGAACUGCGAGGCCAACGCUUUACCAAGUGAUUCACCGUGCCGCAAACAACUGGCAUAGAAAAUGGACGCAUUGUCGUCCCCGUGAAAAAGUAUACACGCCGGCCUGAAUUUUGUUUGCUCAAUGUUCAUUGUGAAUAAAACGCGCAAACAAUCAUCUACGCUGUAAAGCGACAGGCGCGUUUUUCUUGUCGCGGCGCCCCCCCCGCGCCACAAUGUCGGCGUGUCUUAUUUGGGCGAAAAUAACAGUAAUUCUUGCGGGGCUCCUUCAGGGUCUGUAGUGUUUUUCAUUUCUUUUGGACCUCAGCUGGGGGAAUCGGAGAGAGUCAAAAUGCAAAUAAGGCAGCCAAAGCCUCCUGCAGAGAAACAUUCAAAACGUGGGACUCGUGUGAUGCCUUCCAAAAUGAAAUUUCUCAUUUUUAAACCGCAGAUGAUGCUGGAAUCAUCUAACAGUUACAAAUCCCCCUAUUGUGGAACUAAUAUAGCUUAUCUUACGUUAUCGACAAUUGUUUUGGACUCCAGCUUGCUCCCGUGGUCACGUCGUGCAUAUUCUGGUUAUUAUGCUGCCCGCGUGUGUGUGUACGUGUCCGCGUUCAGAGGAAGGAAUCGCGAUUGAAUUGUGCGGGCCAUCUGGGAGCUCGGUAUGAAGUCUUUGUGAACGGUUUUCAGCGGGGAAAAGGCGGAUCACACACGGCUCGAUGGCCGCGUCGUCUCGGCCGAUUCGCGGCGAGGGAAAUUGCGUGCCCCUAUCUCGCCGCGCAAAACCCGGCUAAUAAUUUGCUUUGCUCUCGCGAAAUCUCCGUUCGUGGAGCCAGGUGCAUAACUAAUUCACUCUGGCGAUAUCCGUUAUUAACUCGGGUUUCCAUGGCGUCGCCACGACAGCCGUAGGUGCGCGGCCCGCCGAUCGCAGAUAAUUAGCCUGAUCGUCGGAAUAAAGGUUAAUGUGGGACUCUGGAAAGAGUAAAAGACAUUAUUUCACUGCGGCCUCGCUAAUGCUGGAGUCUGCCGUGCCACGUGGCUGCAACGAGGCCGAUCUCGUCACAAACAGAAGUCGGAAAAGUCGUUGUUUUUAGGCAAAGAAAGAAAAGAUGUGAAAUGAAAAGACUAAAGGAAGGAAGGCAGGAAGGCAGACAGAGUUCAAGAAGGAAAGGGAAUAAAAAAAAAAGGUCUGAGGUGGAAGCAAUAUAGUAGGAGAGGAAAACAAACAGGUCGAAGUGGUAGGAGUAAAGCUGUAAGGAUGAAUGAAUAAAAAGAUUUAAAGACAGAAAGAAGUGUCUGAGGAUGGUGUGAGGAGGAGGGAAGGAAGGAAAGGAAAAAAAAUGUCAGGAAAAAAAGCAGGUUUGAAGGGCAAAAGGCAAGGAAAAGAUCAGAAAGGAAAGGCACGGGGCCGGACCCAAACGCAGGACUCCGAGGCAAGGGCAUGAUCUUAAGAAUAGUUUUAUUUCAUGAAGAAGUCGUACACAGCUGAGCAGCCCAGAAAGGCAGAGGCACAAAAACACGAGGUUAGAGGAAAGGUCCAAAAACGUGACACGAGGUCCGAUGACUGUGAGGCAAAAUAAGAAACAUGACAAGACGUGGUCAAGCUAAAAGGCCACAGACUCGCUGUGACAAAAGGAUUGCUCUACACUAACUUACGCUAUCUUAGAAUCCCAGAACGCAGUGAAGCAUGCGCAACCGACUGGCCGAUGCCGGUGACACAUUCACCACUUAAGUACUUGGUCAAUUCGGGUCCCGAAUGCAACACGGCUGUGACGGCUGUCAGAGGUGGCACCGCCCAGGGCAGCGGCCUGGCCACGCUCCUCACAGGAAGUGUCGCCCACGGCCGUGCCCAUGACAGGAAGGAACAAAAAAGCCCAACAAAGGCAGAACGGGAGCUAAAGGUGAAAGAAGGAAAUGAAGGAAAAGAUGCCAAGAGGAAAAUCCAAAUGCAAAACACUCAGAUUCUCAUAUAAUGUUCGUGUACAGAAUAUACCGUCCAUAUAUUUAUGGAAGUUGGUCUCGUUUCUGAACGGUCAAAUUCACAGCAAGUGCUCGAUGCAGACAAAUUUCCAAGGACCUCCAUUUUUUUUUUUUUUAGCCUUUCUGUAACUCUUCCAGCCUCUCGCUGUGUCGCAACUUCCUGAUGACUCCGACGUUCAUCUCAGGGGCAACGUCCAUCGCAAUGGACACCAUGGAGAGAACUAUGAAAUUACCAGUUUUAAUUCAAUCAACAAAUGUUUUUUUUUUUUUUUGGUCCAUUCAUGCAUCAAAGAUCUGUCCUGAAUUCUGCCAUUUCUUUCUUUUUUUCUGUGUAAAAUACUGAACCAGUUGGACGUGCGUUCAAAAGUUAUUUUUGUACAUGUAGAACAAUGAAUGUCAUGUCAUUGUCCAAGCCGCUUCUCCUCACAAGGGUUGCAGGAAAGCUGGAGCUUAUCCCAGCUAGCUUCGGGCGAAAAGCCGACGACACCCCGAACUGGUCGCACAGUUAGUCGCAGGGCAGAUAUCGACACCACCGCUGAGCGGGAAUCGAUCCCACGCGGGCAGGGAUAUGUACCACUCCACCAUCAGUGACUGAAUCUAUUAUUUAAAAAAAUAUUUUCACCGAUAGCAUGAAUGUGAACGAAAAGAUAUAGUCGUCAGCUUACUGACAGUAACUACUGUAUUAUUAUGGCCACGAAAAAAAAACAAAACAGUUUAUUAUAACUCAAUUAGCCACUAGGGUUCCCCCGCAAAUUUCUUCUCUGAAUCCAUGUAAAAUUGGCUUUAAGUGAAUAAACCAGAUGUCGAAAAUACACAUCAAAUGACCAAAAAAAAAAAAAAAAUACAUUUCCACAUCUGCGAUUGUCCCGAAAAGCGAUCGUGCGUGGACAGUGCGGAAUAAUUCAAAUAGUCGGUGAUGAGCGUGACGCCACUUUGUUGACGCUCCCUCGCUGAGUCAUCCCGUGGCAAAGGAGCGACCGCUGGGAGCAAAGCGGACCGGACCGGACCGGACCGUCUGCCGCGACGCAAAGAGAACAACUUCGGCUCGCCAGUCGAGGAUGUUCGACCGUGGGACGGCGGCAGCAGCAGCAGCAGCAGCAGCAGCAGCGCCCCCGUCGCAUGCGCCCGACCGUCAGUUGUGAGGCAGGAGCGCCCCCAUGGAGCAGCACACCCAGCCCAACUCCAGCGGGCGUCACGCCGACGACGGCCCGGCCAGAGUGCGCAACGACCCGGCGUUUUCGGGACCGGUCUUCGCCGUUCUCAUGCUGAUGAUGCUGACUUUGGUGGUCGUGACGGUUCUGGGCAACGCGCUGGUCAUGUUCGCCUUCAAAGUGGACAAGAGUUUGAGGAGGCAAUGCAAUUAUUACUUCCUCAAUCUGGCGAUAUCGGAUUUUCUUGUCGGAGCGUUCUGCAUCCCCGUGUACAUCCCUUACAUCCUGCGUGGCCGCUGGACGCUGGGCAGGGGGCUGUGCAAGCUGUGGCUGGUCACGGACUACCUGCUGUGCUCCGCGUCCGUCUUCAGCAUCGUCCUCAUCAGCUACGACCGCUUCCUGUCCGUCACCAGAGCGGUGAGCUACCGGGCCAGCCAGAGCAAAGCUCAUCCGGCCAUCAUCAAGAUGACCGCCGUGUGGGUUCUGGCCUUUGUCCUGUACAGCCCGGCCAUCAUUUUCUGGGAGCUGGCGGUGGGGCGAAGUCGGGUGCCGAAGGACGAGUGUUUCGCCGAAUUCUAUCACUCCUGGUACUUCCUCCUGUGCGCCUCCAUGCUGGAGUUCUUCUCCCCUUUCAUCUCGGUGGCUUUCUUCAACCUCAGCAUUUAUCUGAACAUACGCCGGCGGAGGCUCCGCUGCAGGGAGGCCCGGCUCAACCUUCAGCCGAACGAACCGGCGUCGACUCAAGGGGACGGUCCCCCCCAGACCAGGGGGAAACUGGCCGCGAAGGGCUCUCUCCGCUCCCCCGCCUCCUCUCCCAAUUUGGGUAAAGUCGAUCCGGCGAGCAGCAGGACGGCGCAGCCUAACCGUCUGUCCAGAGAUAAGAAAAUUGCUAAGUCGUUGGCCAUCAUUGUGUGCGUGUUUGCCAUCUGCUGGGCACCGUACACCCUACUGAUGAUCAUCCGCGCCGCCUGCAGAGGGCGAUGCAUCCCGCAUCAUUGGUAUGAGGUCACCUUCUGGCUCCUGUGGCUCAACUCUGCCAUUAACCCUUUCCUCUACCCACUGUGUCACAGCAGUUUCCGCCGGGCCUUCGCUAAGAUUCUGUGCCCGAAGCGGCGGACGGCGACUCCCCCGUUAGCCGUCCUUCGAGCGGCCCAGUGACCGUCACUCGCUCCCCCGCUUCACUGCCCAAACUGUCAAAUAUUGCAAACGUAAUUGUUAAAUGAUGGUCUUGCGUGUGUGUGUGUGUGUGCGCGCUAUUAUUUAUUGUGCUGUCCCCAACACAAUUUAUGUUCUUCCGAACGCUGAAUGUCUGAAAUGUUUACAGUUGCUAAGCCAGGUGCCAAGUGUUGAACGUACGCAAGCUGCAAUAAACUGCUUAUUCUGUGUUGACUGGUAUACAAAAGACCAAACUCUAGAGUAGGAGCGUAUUUAUUCUUUGAAAUUAUUGUUUGCAUAAACGAUCAACGUUGCUGUGACUGUCACGUUUACCAAAAAACAAAAAAACAAAAAAAAAAAAACAGAUUGAUGUAAAAUCUACGUCGGAUGCAAUCAUGCUCCAAAAAUGAGACUUUCUCCUUGCUGUCACCUUUUACUGCUAUGAGCGACUGCAUUGUACAGUACAACAGUGGCUGGAUAUCCUCAUACUGUAAUACAGAAAUAUUUUAUCAAUUCAAUUGCAACAUCAAUUCUGUUUACAUUCCGCACGAUAAAAAAAAUUAGUCGUGGGAAGAGAUUUAGAGCGCAAAAUAAUGUUUACAACUACGACGAUACUGUGCUAUUUAUUACGGUGUUGAGGGAGGGCGGGGGGUGUUUAAUUGUCGGUGCCACUAGAUGUCGCCAUCCCCCUUUGCAGCUUUUAUUCGUGUGGUUCGCUCCACAGCUUCCAAGCUUUGUUGACCCAAUUUGCUCUCCGACUGGCUGCAGUGUCUGUCUUUGAAUUAACACUUAAAUGCAAAGUAAUAAAGUAUUUGUACUGAUGUAGUGAUUUUUACGGGUGUUCCUUGCAUUCCCAUCAGGAGUGUGUUUACAACCCCAACCCAAGAAAUACAAUAAUGCUGUUAUAGUCUUUAAAAGU